ACUAUCAGUCUGUCUAAAUUGAACAUAAAUAUAAAGGUUGACAAAGUCAAGGACACAAAAACGGUGGAGUACAAAUACAUUUAGAAGAUUGCUUCCAUGCUGAAUUGAAAGGGGAGAUUGAGAAAGGAUUGCCGCCAGCAUAAAGGACAUACUUCAGUGAGCGCUAAACAUCAAAUGAACGGCUUGACUUUGAAUGUGUCAUCUUUCCUCUUAUUGCAUUCAUUGUCUUUAAAUUGGAGCUCUGGAAGCAUAUAUUUUAAAGAGGUGAUAUACUGCAGUGUAGAUGGCUAUUUUUAUCACCAACACAAAGUUCGCCCAUCCGUUAUGCUGGAGGUUUCAAAAUAUGUCUACGACCUCACAAUUCAUAAUCAAGCGCCACCAAGGGUCAAGUUCUGGUACCAGCUGGAGCUCAAAAAUUAUGUGAGAAGCCGAGGCAAUUAAUAAGUGGUCGGUUUCAAUACAUUAUAUAUUGAUUUUCUUCUUGCUUCACUCAAAUAAAG